GUACUUGGGAUAGCAGCCGUCACCAGAAUCAAUACAUUGUGUUGCCUGCUCACCUCUUGGUACGCCCCUUGGGCGUACGUUUGUUCGAUCGAACCUAGGUUAACCGACACCAUGCUUCCCAAAAGGCACCGCUUUUGCGGGAGUGUUUUACCGCCUGUCUCUCCUCUAUAUUCACACGAAGUUCAAAUCACUAAGAGCGUCCUUUCCCCACAUGAGGCUUAUCUACGAUUGGCUUUCGCAAGAUUGGCUUUGUUUCUUGAAGCUUUCCGCACCUGGAGGCGUGUCGCUUGGUACAUAAGCCUUGCUGACAAAUGUCUUCUGUAUUUCUCUCAUUCAGGCAAUAAAUGCCUUAAGGCAAAACUCUUAAAUAUAUACUUCGGUGUCCUUGUCCCAAAGAAUCAACCUUAUGGAAUUCAUGAGAAGGACCGAGCAUUCGAUGCCUCAACGAUUCCACGAUCGAAACUACCACCCUGCUGCUUUUAUGCUCCCUCGCCCCGAAAUUCCUUGGGUCUCUUCCAAGAGGCUAGGAUGGGACAAUGGGAUUUUCCUGCUUUAAAAGGACAGAUUCCUGCAAAAUAUGCAAGUCCAUUGAAAAGACGAAAACUCACCGCAGCACCAACCAUGAUUUAUUCCUACUCUGUUCCCCAACUCCCCUGGUUCGACUAGUCAAACAUCGCCACUCUUUAAUAUAUGGGCCGUUUCUCUUGAGAACUCCAACGUCCGCACCCCACAAAACCCGAACUAAAAGCACCGUUUUAGUCUUCUGAGCAGCCUGCUCGUUAAGAAUUACCCUGCUGCCACUCUCCAAAAGUUCAACCUUCAGGCCCAAAAGGGAGCAAGAAUGACUACCUGUCAUACAGUUCAUUCCAGCCCUGGAAGGUCCAUCACAACAGUCUAUGUAACCCAACCAAAAAGAAAAGAAACG